AUGAAUAAAAAUAACGGAUUAAAUACGAGCGAAUUAAUAUUAACGGAAAAUGUCGUCGCCGUUGAUUUUUCCAGCAGGAAUGGACUCGUAGAUGAUGGUAAAAUAAAAGGAGAAGAAGAAGAUACCAUAAUACAAUUGGAUGGACUCGGAAGUAAUCAAUUUACUCUCAUGGAAGACGAUGAUGACGUAAUAAAAAAAAUAGUCGGAAAAGAUCAAUUUAAAAAAUUGAGAAAAUGUUUUAAACAAAAAAUAAGGAAAAGUUUAACGAAAAAAAUGUUGAUGAGAAGGAUACCGAUAUUAACGUGGUUACCAAAAUACAACAGCAAAGAUGCCGUCGGUGAUUUUGUUGCCGGUUUAACCGUCGGUCUUACCGUCAUACCACAAGCUUUAGCUUAUUCCAGCAUUGCAGGUUUACCACCACAGUACGGACUCUACAGUUCGUUUUUGGGUGCUUUGAUUUACAUUAUUUUUGGUAGUUGUAAAGAUGUACCCAUGGGUCCGACAGCUAUCAUAUCGAUAAUGACAUAUCAAGCUGUUCAAGGUCACGGAGUUGAAUAUUCCACGCUGUUGUGUUUCAUAAGCGGAUUGAUACAACUUUUAAUGGGAAUCGUGGGAUUAGGUUUCAUGAUUGAUUUCGUCAGCGGUCCUGUUUGUUCGGGAUUUACAUCCGCCGUCGCUUUAAUCAUCGUCACGUCACAAAUAAAAGAUAUUUUCGGGAUAGCGGAAACGGGAAAUACAUUUUUCGAAAUGUGGAUAUCAUUAUUUAAAAAUAUGAAUGACGUAAGACUUUGGGAUACGGUUUUAGGCGUUUCAUCGAUUGUCAUACUUCUUAUAAUGAAGUGUUUGGGAAAUUUCGAAUUGGGUCCAAAAGAUGGUACGAAAAAAAGUUUAUCGGAAAAAAUAAUAACGAAAAUAUUUUGGAUCGUCGGGUCAUCGAGAAACGCCAUAUUGGUUUUAUUAUCAGGUUUUUUAGGUUAUUUUUUCAUGACACAAAAUAAUGAUUUCGGAAAUGGAGGGGAUGAAGAUGAUGAUUUUACCACGUAUACUAAUUUUACCGGUUUUACGAACGAAUCGAUAAAAUCUCCUUUUUUAUUAACCGGAUACCUACCGGAAGGUAUGCCGGAAUUUAAAGUACCAUCAUUUGGUGGAUUUGAUAAAGAUGGUAGACAUAUUGGUUUUAUUGAUAUGAUGACGGAUAUGGGUGUUCAUUUGAUUAUAUUACCCUUGAUAGCACUAUUAGAAAAUAUAGCAAUUUGUAAAGCUUUUUCAUCUGGAAAACCCGUGGAUGCAACUCAAGAACUUAUUGCCAUGGGUUUAUGUAACAUCGGUAAUUCAUUCGUUCAAGGUUUUCCAGGAUCGGGUUCUUUAUCCAGGAGUGCAGUUAAUAAUGCUAGCGGCGUUCGAACGCCUCUCGGUGGUCUUUACACCGGGGUCAUCGUUAUAGUCGCACUUUUAUUUUUUACGCCAUAUUUUUAUUUCAUACCUAAAGCGUCAUUGGCUGCUGUCAUAAUUGCUGCUGUCGUUUUCAUGGUGGAAGUUAAAGUCGUUAAACCCAUGUGGAGAACCAAAAAAAGUGAUUUGAUUCCCGGUUUUGGAACAUUUAUAGCAUGUUUAGUUUUAAAAUUAGAAUUUGGGAUUUUAUUAGGGAUCAUAAUACAAAUAUUAUUUUUACUUUAUAAUGCUGCGAGACCGAAAAUACACAUGCAAAAAAUUACCACGAAAUCUGGAAUAGAAUAUUUAAGAUUAACACCAGAUCGAUGUCUUAUAUUUCCAUCCGUCGAUUACGUACGAAAUAUCGUUACGAAACAUAGCAUAAAACAAGGAAUUCCUGUCGUUAUUGAUUGUUCUCAUAUAUACGGUGCUGAUUUUACCGCAGCAAAGGUUAUAGAAAGUUUAAGUCGGGAUUUUGUACAAAGGAAACAACCUUUGCUUUUUUACAAUUUAAAAGCGAGCGUCGUAUCCGUUUUCGAAGGUUUACAACCGGAAGAAUUUGUUACCUUUUACGAACACGAUGAUUUGGACGAAUUGUUAAGAAGAAAAGUUUUUGAAAAAGCAAAUUCUUAG